AUGAAUCUUCCCCAAAUCUAUCAACUACCUUCCCUUUAUAAUCUGCCCUUCACAAAUCAGUUUCCUAAUUCUACCAACAAUCUGGAAAGAAAAGAAAUAGAGAGGAACCGUGAGUUCGAGACUCCGGUUUUGAUCUGUGGUUAUCUAUUCAACAAAGUUGAGGAGGAACUGGCAAUUGAAAUAGAUACAGAGGGAUUCAUCAAGUUGCUUCGUUUUCACGAUCUGUCAAUUGAAGGCUAUCUUCGUGAGUUAAGGGUGGAGUCAGGAAAAUUCAAGUUAAAGAAACUAAACGAACAAGGUUGAGCAGCGAAGUGGUGGAGGAAGUGCUAUUGAGACAAGACAUUUGAUUCAGUCAGC